ACGUCCUCCCCUCACCAUCCUCCGCUCUGUGUUUGUGAAGACGGGGUGGAACCUGACGGUUCUGCUCUCAAGCAAUUUAUAAAUAACAACAACAACAACAAAAAAAAAAAAAAACCCCAGACCCAACAAAGGCGCUGCAAACUUUAUCCAUUUCCUAACAGUGCACAUAGAUGUUUUUUUUUCUUCCUGUGCGCCGACCCCCUUUAUGUGGCACCACCAACACACACUCCAAGGAUCCGCAGAGGCAGCUGGUGUGGCUGGGAGCUGAUCUGGACAAACAAGCAGAAACUUUCACCGGUCUGUUCUGAACUGUAGCUGCUGCUCAGAUCAUUUUUUUUCCUCCCUUUUCCUGCGCACCGCCUCUCACUUUUUUCUCUCCGUGGGUGAGCUUUUUUUUUUUUUUUUUUUUCUCCUCCUUUCACUGGCACCUCCCUGCUCCUCCACAGAUCCUCACCAUGCAUCUCCACCUGCAGCUCCAGGCUGCUGCAGCUUGAGUAAAAGAGCCCGGCCGGCUGACCCACCUCCUCCUUCGGACACUUGGACCGGCGCGUCAUGCCGCCACACCUGAAGCGCACGCCGGUUCCGCUGCUGGAGCGCACCGUGUCUUUAUAAGUGGAUCUACUUCUGUUUUCCUUUUGAGGGAGAGAGGGGGGGCAUGCUCUGCUCGUCUCUGGAGAACAUUUGCAAAGAGAAGAAAGUAGAAGGAGAAGAAGAGUGACUACUAGAGAGAAGGAAGGAAGGAAGGAAGGAAGGAAGGAGAAGCUCCACCACCAGAGAGACUCUAACUUAGUUGUAGAUGUUCGAUCAGGCCACGACUAUGGGCGAUGGGAGCCACCGCUGUGGACCCAACCCGCUGGACAGGAUGGAGGGCAAGUGCCGCCCCGACAUGGGCAGCAGGUCGCCGGUGCAGAGCUCCACCGACACUCCGGGGACCUCCGCGUCCACGCCGACGUCCUCCAGCGAAGACGGACACGACAAACUUCUGGGAGUGGACCCGGACUACUGUCGUAGGAUAUUAGUGAGGGACGCCAAAGGCACCAUCCGGGAGAUCGUGCUGCCUAAGGGCCUGGACCUGGACCGGCCCAAACGCACCAGGACCUCGUUCACGGCCGAGCAGCUGUACCGGCUGGAGCUGGAGUUCCAGCGGUGCCAGUACGUGGUGGGCCGGGAGCGCACGGAGCUGGCCCGGCAGCUGAACCUCUCGGAAACACAGGUGAAGGUCUGGUUCCAGAACCGCCGGACCAAGCAGAAGAAGGACACCACCAAGGACUCCGACAAGCGCUCCUCCUCCACGUCAGAGUCUUUGGCCACCUGCAACAUCCUGCGCCUCCUGGAGCAGGGCCGCCUCCUGUCAGGGCCCGCCCCGCCCCCUAACGCUCUCCUGGGGCCUCCGGCUCACCCCACGAACGGCUCCCUGCUGAGCAGCCCCGGCGGGGGCUCCUCCACCUCCCCGGGGAUCAGCAGCAGCACCUCACCCAGCUCCCUACCCGGCGGGACGUUCGGCCUCUCGCUGCCGUCUCUGGGCGGCACUCCGUCGUCGCCGCGGCUGGGCGUCCCGCCCCCGCACUCCCUCUGCUUCUCCAUGCCCCUCCUGGGCGGGGCCCAUCACGAACUGACGUCCACCUACGGCUGCGGGUCGUCGGCCUUCGAGCCGUACAUGCGUCUGGACAGGAAGGAGGCAGAUCUAGGCGGGAAGAAAACGGUCUCCUAAACUACGGGGCUCUCUUUUAGGAGCCCGAAGGAGGACGUGACUUUAGGAGCUUCAUCCUGCCACUGGACAGGCAAAGAAAAUGUGAAAACGGCAGUGACAGGGUUGCUUUGUAGCGACGCCAUUUUGUGUAAAAUGAUACUGAGAAAAAAAAAAAAAAAAAAAAAAGACUUGAUGGAAAGUGUUACGUUUUUUUUGUUGGAGUGUGUAUGUUGCAGACAGAUGUUUUUAUCAUCACUCUAUUUACGGUAGUUUUAAGUGACUCUUCACUUUCUGUCCAGUAAGUUUGUGUGUAUGUGUGUGAUUUUCUUUCUCUCUCUCUCUCUCUUUUUAUGGGCCUUCAUUUACUGUUCAGGAAAAAAAAAAAAGCAUACUUGACAUGAAUGGUUUGAACCCCUUCUCAGCAGGCGACCUGUAACAGGAACGCCACAGUAAGCUUUCUCCUCGUCGCAGAGGUCUAUCCUUGUAGAGUUUCGGAGCUGGGAUGAGGCUGGCACUGCGUCUGGACGAGACGGGCAGUAAUUACACCUAAAUAUUCCUGUUCAAGGGGCCGUGUUGGCUUUUUAGUUGAUGUGCUAUCACAGUAGAAAAGAAACACACACACAAACACAAAAAAAAAAAUAAUCGUAGCAUCUUAAUAUCAGUCUGUUUGGUGUCCAGAUGUAGUUUUUGUAAAAAAUCUUCCUUUUUUUUAAUUUAUUCUUUUUUUUUUUAAAUAUUGUUAUCAUUUUACUUCGGUUGUGUACGAAAACAGUAAUUGGUAGGAUCCGGUUGACCGAUGCAAACUUACAGUACAUAUCUUGGUCUGAUGGUUUAACGCGAAAGCAAACGGAGACAAAGGCAAGAGAGAGAAGGACGGUGAAAAGCAUUCCACAGAUGAAAUUUUCUGAGGUGGCCGAGCUUCCAUUCAUCGAGCGUAGGCCCCGAGAAACGGACAGAGAAAACCUCUGAACUAAUGUUGAUUUGCACGUCUCACACCUUCUAAAUCAACUCGGCGGGAGUUCAGAGAAAGAAUCCAUUUUAACAGAUUCAACCUGAGGAUCUUUGCCCCUGCUGCCUUUUUGGGUCUCGAGCUUCAGCUGCAGGCGACGAAUCGACAUGUUGCUCCACCGAAAAUUCAUCUCCAGCAAACAUAUUUGCCCAAAAGAAACAACACAUGAGGCCAAAGUUAACAUGUUUAGCCUCCGUGUGAAAUGCAUUUGUGAAAUGGCAAGUCUGCUCUUGUGUCUUUAGGUUUUAUUUGUGUUGUGCUCGUUAUGUCCUGUUUCACAUGGUCGCCAUUUUCACAACCUGACUUUUCACAAAAUAGUUGAGUUUAGGCGUGGGCCUGUAGGAGAUUCUCAUUUUGUAUUAACUCAAAUGUAAAACAGGGUCUAAUUGCUUUUGCUCAAAACAGAAAAGCAAUAAUUAUUCUAACUGCUGCUAAAAUAGUCUACUAUACUCAUCAACAGUCAUUAUAAUGUGAUUUAUUACAUUUGUUUCUGUUAUUCUGAGGCACAAUGAACCAAAAUGACUGAAGCCUGUGAAAUGUCAUAGCAGUAGAUUUUAAAUAUUUAUUGCCCAGACCAUAUUAGCCCACGUUUUUCUUGUUCUGCUAAUUAGCCACCUUAUUCCUAUUACCCAUGAGGCUACUGCAGAGCAAAUAUGGGCUAAAACAUGUUAAAAAAACCAACACUUUGAAGAUGAUAUAGGCGUUGCUACACCUUUAUCUUACAAAAAUUAGGACGGCGACCUGAAGAAAUAGACUCUAAUCACAUAUACCAGCAUAUUCAGCUGCUUUGUCAAUCCAUUGAUACAGACAGGGAACAGAGUUUAAAAUAGUUUACAACCUUUCAAGACAUGGAGAGCUUGAUCAUUAUGUCGUUGACCAUUGUUUGAUGCCAUUAUUUUGGUUUUUGGUUGAAAACGUGGUCAUUCUUGGAAAAAAUAUAAAGAGAUCUCAUGUAGUAUUGAAUUAUUGUAGAUCUAUGUUUCUAUAAUCCAACAUCAGAUCUGAUCUUACAGGAAUUUAUCUGUAACCCUAAAGUCAACUCUGGUACAAACAGAUGACACUGAAACUUGAUCAUCUGUACCUUUUUGGCAACCCACACCAUCAAUCUAAAUGGACCAAAAACAGACACCAGAUAUGCUCUUAAUUCAUGAGUGAUUUAUCAGCAGUCUGGGCAUGAUGAAAGCAGCUUUGACUGCAGCUGAGAGGAGCCUCUAUGUGAGGACUUGGCCUCCUGCGAGCGCUUUGUGACGAGUGAGAGGCCAGCGGGAGCGGCCAUUGCUCGUUAAGAACAGAGUGACGGGAGAGUUUUACAGUCAGAAUCACCACUAACACCAGAAAAGUCUCUGGAUUCAUCUGGAGAUUAAAUUUUUUGGUUCAUUUUGAAAAAGAGUAAUAUUGGCAAUGAUGAAAAUAGCAGGCAUACAAGGUAUUUCAGCGGCCGUUUUAUAUUUAGCCAUUACAGCCCCAUUUAUCUUGACUCGUCAUUUGCUGGUACCUGACAGAAAAUAAUCCACUGAUUGCAGAAACAAUCCUUUUUUUUUAUUUUUAUUUUACUCUAAAGGGAUGCUUAGAAGCGUCUCAGACACUGCAAGCGAAACAAGUCAUUUCCAUUGGUGUGUGAUUGUUCAGAAAGAGUAAAUUCGCUAAAUUUAGUUACUUUAAACAUUAAGCUCACACACAAGAUUAGCUACCUAUAAAAAUAGCUUCAAGCCAACUUCCAAAAUCUCACCAGAAGAUGCAAACACAAUUAAACCUACAGCAGCUUCGCCCAGAAUGAGGGAAUUGUAGCCUGACAGGAGUAAAAAGUGGCGCUCUUUCAGUGUUCAUGCUGUUGCGGUCCUUUCAGCCAGCUGAGGCACUGCGCAGCAACAAGUGGGGGAGGGGCAGUGUAACUAAACGGUCGACACAUCCAGAGGAAAGUCAGGCCACGCCGUCUGUCCCCAUGUUGUGUGUUUAGCUUUUUACAUUAAAAGUUUAAACUUUUUUUUUUAAAAGGUUUCUUUUUAAACCCGUUGAGACGGUUGAGCGGUGCAUGUCUGGUGGAGAAGCGUCACGCUGCGUCACGCCGACAUCGUUACCGUCUUCCUCGUUUUCCACCUCCCGUCACACUUCACCUCGGCCCUUCCUUCUGACUGCUCUCCAUUGAAAGCACUCUAAGCUUGUUGUUUUCUUUUCACAUCCCCACCAGUCGCUUCAUUUUUCAGCCUUCAUGUUGUUGGAAGCGAAACCAUGUGUUGAAGAAAGAAAGGCGUAAUGUUUUCUUCCUUGGUUAGCGUUUGGCGGCAGUUUAUUCCUAGAAAAGGCAAUUUCUGCUAUUACAGUCCCUGAGUUGGUUUUAUAAUCAACUACACUUUUUCUAAUUGAAUGAUUUGAAGCUAAACUGACCUCCGUGUGCUUGGAUUGGGGGAAAAAAAAUUACAUUUAUUGAAGGUAGAAAGGAGAGCAAAGGAAGAAUCACCCGUUUCAUGUUUUUCUUUCUCAUAAAAAGCAGUUCCUCCAGGCUUCCUUCUCGGUCAAAUCGCUCACAAGAACCUGCAAUUUGCAACCAUUUGCCCUCAAUUUGUGCGUGUCGUUUGCGUUUCCAGUCCCCCGUUUCUGCUGCCGUUUGUCAUCGGUUUUCCUUUUGAAUUUUUUUUUUUCUUUUCUCCCGUUAUGUGUUUUUUCAUUAUUAUUUUCUGUCAGUCUAAGGUGUUUCAGCGGCACGGAGAAAAAAAAAAAAGAAAAAAGAAAAAGCAGAAAGGCACUGCCGUGACAUCAAUUUAUAAAGCGCUUACGAGUGAAGGCAGGCCCAGUUUUUCCAGAUAAAUUUCCCGUGGAGCAAAUGGAGAGGAUCUGACCUCGGUCUGUCGGUUCGCGGGGCCUUUUCGCACCCAUGUAGCAGCAGCUUGUAGCCGAUAAUUUCUGAACGCAGCUGUACCGCGAAGAGAAAGAAAAACACCCACUCUGGGCUCUUUGCGGCGGUACACCUGUGCUCUUGUUGAACACUGUAUUAUUUUCUAUAAGCACCAUCCAUAAUUCACACUCUCCUGCAUCAAAUAUUGAGCAGCGAAACGGAGCUGAGAGGUCAGGAGGCCCGCUUCUCGUGUAAAGCCGACGCACUCCUUCGCAAAUUACUCUCCUUUUUUUCCUCGCAGCCACGCCGUCUCUUUCCCGUCGCACCGUAAACACACUAUGUUCUCGUUCCCUUUUUUUUUUUUUUUUUGCUUUUGCUUCAGUUGCUCGAGACAAUUGAUGCAAAAGGCUCUUAUUUAUUAGUCAAACCUGCUCGGUUUCAGUCUCUGCCACCGUGACCUGAGGAGGGUAUUGUAAAUGAAAGGAAAAAAAAAAAAAAAAGAAUAAUAAAAAUAAAAAUAUACAGGUUAAGGCUUCUCACACUUCCUGUUUUUCUCUUGCGAUUCAGCACUGACUCCUUUUUGUGUCAUUGAUCGAUGGUGUUUUGUAAUGUAUAUCUGCAGUUAUUGUAUCGUGUGCUCAGCUUCGUUGGGGCGGGGGGGGGGGAAGGGUUGUGAGAGCGAGACGCUGCCUCUUGUGGAGCGAAAGAACUGAUAAAGCCUUGCUCCGUUUAAGACAAAGCCCGUUUGUAGUUUGUUUAUCGGUUUCUUCUCAUUCCAGCUGAGACGAAGUGUUUUACUUUUGAUUUAAAAGAAGAAAAAUGCUACAGGCGUCUAUUGGCCUCUCCAUGAUUUUUGUUUUAGACUGCAUGAAAGCUGUUGUUUUAAUUCCUCAUAAUGCACCGUCGAGGUCCGGCAGAGGCCCCUUGUUUGUUUUCUUCGAGCAGUGAAACAAACCUGAAGUCAAGCUAACGGCACCAGCUAUUUCUUGUGACCAACAUGUACAUAGAUAUAAAUUUAUAUAUAAAUAUAUAUAUAAAUGGGUCUUUGCACAAGUUAUCUCCGUGUCUGCUCUGUGUGAUUUUUAACAGGAAAUAAAAAAAAACAAAAUGUGGCAGAAAGCUUAGGUUAAAAAAAAAAAAAGACUUUAUAUAUGCUUUACAGUUCUUUGUCUCAUUAACAUUUUGCACUUAUUUAAAGAGGCUCUCUUUGGUUUCCGGGCUGACGGAGCUGUUUUCACGCUCUGCUGAGAUAUUGUACAAUAUGUAUAUGUAUUUUUAUUCAUAUGCAUAUAAAUAUAUGUCUAUGUAA